UUUCUCCCUCUCAGAACCUUCCUGCCGCCGCGUUCGGACCUCGCUGCUCCAGCCUCCGGGGCACGUUCCAUCGCCGCAGCCUGCGAUCCGCAGAGACAAAAUUAUAUAUCGUUCUCUUGCCCCGCACACAAUCGAGGCGAGCAAAAAAAAACUAAAAUAAAUUUUCACCAUGAGGGAAAUCGUGCACAUCCAGGCUGGUCAGUGUGGCAACCAGAUCGGUGCCAAGUUCUGGGAGGUGAUCAGUGAUGAACACGGCAUCGACCCCACCGGCACCUACCACGGGGACAGUGACCUGCAGCUGGACCGCAUCUCAGUGUACUACAAUGAAGCCACAGGUGGCAAAUAUGUUCCUCGUGCUAUCUUGGUGGAUCUAGAACCCGGGACCAUGGACUCUGUUCGCUCAGGCCCUUUUGGCCAGAUCUUCAGACCAGACAACUUUGUUUUUGGUCAGUCUGGGGCAGGCAACAACUGGGCCAAGGGCCACUACACAGAGGGGGCCGAGCUGGUCGACUCCGUCUUGGAUGUGGUGCGGAAGGAGGCUGAGAGCUGUGACUGCCUGCAGGGCUUCCAACUGACCCACUCACUCGGUGGAGGCACAGGCUCUGGAAUGGGUACCUUGCUCAUCAGCAAGAUCCGUGAAGAGUAUCCUGACCGCAUCAUGAACACCUUCAGUGUGGUGCCCUCACCCAAAGUAUCCGACACUGUGGUUGAGCCCUACAACGCCACCCUCUCUGUCCACCAGUUGGUAGAGAACACCGAUGAGACCUAUUGCAUUGAUAAUGAAGCACUCUACGAUAUCUGCUUCCGCACUCUCAAGCUGACCACACCAACUUAUGGAGACCUGAACCACCUUGUCUCAGCCACCAUGAGCGGUGUCACCACUUGCCUCCGCUUCCCUGGCCAGCUCAAUGCUGACCUCCGCAAGCUGGCAGUCAACAUGGUGCCCUUCCCACGUCUCCACUUUUUCAUGCCUGGCUUUGCCCCACUCACCAGCCGUGGUAGCCAGCAGUACCGGGCCCUCACCGUGCCUGAGCUCACCCAGCAGGUCUUUGAUGCCAAGAACAUGAUGGCUGCCUGUGACCCCCGCCAUGGCCGGUACCUCACUGUGGCGGCUGUCUUCCGUGGGCGGAUGUCCAUGAAGGAGGUGGAUGAGCAGAUGCUCAACGUACAGAAUAAGAAUAGCAGCUACUUCGUGGAAUGGAUCCCCAACAAUGUCAAGACGGCUGUCUGUGACAUCCCACCCCGAGGCCUCAAGAUGGCGGUCACCUUCAUUGGUAACAGCACAGCCAUCCAGGAGCUCUUCAAGCGCAUUUCAGAGCAGUUCACCGCCAUGUUCCGUCGGAAGGCCUUCCUCCACUGGUACACAGGUGAGGGCAUGGACGAGAUGGAGUUCACCGAGGCUGAGAGCAACAUGAAUGACCUCGUCUCCGAGUACCAGCAGUACCAGGAUGCCACCGCAGAAGAGGAGGAGGAUUUCGGCGAGGAAGCCGAAGAGGAGGCCUAAGGCAGAGUCCCAUCACCUCAGGCUUCUCAGCUCCCUCAGCCUUCUUCUUCAACUGCCCCUUUCUUCUCCCUCAGAAUUUGCAUUUUCUGCCUCUGUCUCCCCCCCCACCCCUCCCCUUGAGGGGGUUCUAGAACAGUGCCUGGUACACAGUAGGCGCUCAAUAAAUAUUUGUUGUUUGUUGAA